AUGCCAGGCCCACACAUACCACCUGCCCUUCCCUACCAGCCUGGCAGGAGGCAGAGUGACUACCAUUAUCAAUAUACGCCUCAAGCUCAUACGCCGCUGCCGCACAACCCCUACGCCAGCUGGCACCCCCAGUACCAUGGCUAUCCACCGGCGCCGCAAUACCAGCAGCAAUGGUAUCCGCCUUACCAGCAGCCGCAAUAUCCGAUAGCACCGCGGCAAUACCAACACCCACAUUCGCCGUUGGUGGUGUCGUCGCAGCCACACGUGCAGGCUGCCCCAGUGAAUCGCCCUGUAACCCACACACCGCCCGUCAUACCGGCAAGAACACCCCAGCCUGAACCUGCACCUGCACCUGCAUCCACGCAACCUCUAUACGCCCAAUCAAACAACUUCCAAGCCCUUGUGUCGCCCGAAACGCCAGCAGUUCUAAUGAACACACAAACAUUUCCGUCCGCCUCAUCAUCAGGACCGCCAACUGCCAUACACUCGCAACCACCAAACAUCCGUUGGCCGUUUCGUCCUCCGCUUCCAUGGUUGUCUGUCCCGAAUACACCUCUCCCGCCGCGAGUAGCGCGAAGGCGACGGCGACCACGCGGUAUAACGGACGUGGCCACGACAGUUGAGCUUCCGAGCAAAGAAGACCCACAGACCCCGUUAGUAGACGGAGCUCAGCAUGAAUCUGAAACAUCGACCCUGGCAGCGCCAUCAGAAGUCGACACACCAGCAACCUCUCAAGCGCCGUCAGAAGCAGACUCGACGCAUCCUACAACACCAUCUUCGGCUCAGCCAUCAGUACCUGCACCGCGUCAGACUUCCCAGGGCCACACGCGAUCGGCCACUCGACCGGUUAUACCUCUCAUACCCGUCAAGCCUUUGGUUCCUACAAAAUCAGGAUCGCAGAAGGAAGCGCCUACAGUUCCUGCGUCACCGACGGCAGAGAGAAAGCCAAGCAAGGAUGCUGCCGCAGACGUGUCCACUCCAACCGCGGAAGGCGGUGCGGUGACGAGUGAUGCGGCAGCCCCUUCAGCGUCUACAACUUCCGAUACCCUUACCCCAGCAUCUCCUCCUAAGCCGGCCCCACCGAAGUCCUGGGCUGAUCUUGUACGAACAAAAAGUGCUGCUGCUGCAGGCGUUUCCUCCGCAGUUGUCGUAGGCGGGCCGACUGUGAAUGGCACUAGUGCGAGCAACUCGGGCUCGCUUGGUGACGUUUUGCGAUCGUAUACCGUCGAAUCCGACAACAAAAUUCCCUUUCUGGAGCCUAGAGGGCUUGUAAAUACAGGGAAUAUGUGUUAUAUGAAUUCUAUUCUUCAAGUUCUUGUAUUCUGCGUUCCUCUUUAUGAUUUUCUUGAUCAACUUGGAAAGCGGGCGGCGCACAGCUUCAAAAGCGAGACUCCCUUACUCGAUGCAAUGAUCAUGUUCAUGCGAGAGUUUCCGGUUAUCACGUCGGCGGAGUCUGUGGAGAAGCUUAGACUGCGCCUCAAUAACACUGAUCUCGAGCAAUUCGGCGAGGCGUUUAUCCCUGAAUUUGUUUAUGACGUAAUCAAGCGCUUGCCACGGUUCUCUUCUAUGCGGCGAGGACAUCAGCAAGACGCUGAAGAAUUCCUGGGUUUCCUGCUAGCUGAGUUACACGAGGAGUGCGCCCAGGUCAUCCGCUCCGCAACUCCGAACGAAGCGAACAAGCCUACCUCCCCGACUCUAGAAAGAGCGGCAGCAACGGAUGGCUGGCUCGAAGUCGGUCCCAAGCAAAAAGCCGCUAUAACCCGCUCCUCCGGGACCAUAGAUGUCGAAACACCCAUCACCAAGAUCUUCGGCGGCAAGCUGCGCUCCGAGCUGCGCAUCCCGGGCCUCAAAAACUCCGUAACCCUCGAGCCAUACCAACCCCUCCAACUCGACAUCGGCUCCCCCGCUGUCAACAACAUCACGGACGCCCUUAAGGCACUCACACAUCCUGAGACCCUCCAAGGCGACUUCGCCUCCCCCCGUGGUCCCAACGUCUCUGCUGUAAAACAGGUCUUCAUCGAAACACUUCCGCCCGUUCUGAUACUGCAUCUCAAGCGCUUCCAGUUCAGCGACGCGGGCGGGACGCAGAAGAUCUGGAAGCGCGUUGGGUAUCCCCUCGAGCUGACCCUCCCGAAAGAAGUCUUCCCGCCCGCGAAACGCGGCGCCCUGGCUCUGCGUGGGGCGCCGAGGUACAGGCUUAUUGGCGUGGUGUACCACCAUGGCAAGAACGCGAGCGGGGGGCAUUAUACUGUUGAUGCGAGAAGGCAGGAGGGGAGGGAGUGGAUCCGCAUGGAUGACACUAUUAUCCGCCGUGUUAGGAGCGAGGAUGUGGCGGAGGGGGGGAGCGAGGAGGAUCCGAAGGUCCUCGCGAAGGCGCUGGAGCAGCAUAAGAGGGAUGUGAGCCAGGGGCGGAAUAUCUUUGAGGCGAUGGGUGGGGGUGCAGAGGACGAGGAGGACGGCGAGAACGAGGGACCAUGGAGCCAUGUGAACGGCAGCGGCGCGCAGGAGAAGGCUAAGAAGUGGCCCGGAACGGCGAAUGGUACUGCUACGCCGUCGGAGGCGGGGAAGCAGACACCGACGCAGAGGGAGAGGGGCGGGCUGAGGGACAACAAGGUCGCGUACAUCUUGUUCUACCAGCAGAUCAAGAACUAG